UUUUCCUUUUUCUUUUUCUUUUUUGUUGUGAUCUUGAUAUGGCAGAUGAUCUAACACAACAACUGAAGGAUAUCUCUCUAGAUUCUACCAAAAAACCAGCCACAUCAAAAGCAAGCUAUGACAAAACUGCUUUAAAAGAACGAUGGAAGAUUUUGGGCAAAGAUGCCGAACAAAGUAUUCUAUCAGCGAUUCGACGAUCAUGUUUUGAUACUUUUGCAAGAAAGGAUUUUGGAACUACUUUACAAAUGAUCAAACAUAGUUUUGUGGAUCGUGAUUAUGAAGGGAUCUUUACGGACGCCAGUAAUCUAGAUGUGUAUAGUGCAGCAUAUGUACCUGGGCGAGCAGUCUGUUACUAUGAAAUUUUCUCGAUGCCUCCUUUGUUGAAACUAUUGAUGAAGAAAACAAGAAUAUAUGCAGUAGGUUCAGGUAGUGGUUCAGAAUUGGUCAGUCUAUCAGCAGCAAUGACACGAGUACCUGGAGAACGACAACGAAUUCAACUUUAUAUGCAAGAUAUUGGUGAAUGGCAAUCUGUUUUAGAUAAAUUCGAAAAAUACACAGCACGUGCAUGGCAAAUCACCUCGGAACAAUUGACUUGUACUUAUCAACAAGGGGAUAUAUUGGAUCCUAUUACUAUGACAACUACUACAGCACAACAAAUCGCUUCUGCUGACUUGAUCACAUUUAUGUUUGUCAUGAAUGAAUUAUUUGUUAAAAAACAAUCUGCAAUGUCACUUAUUCAAACUUUGGUGGCUUCAAUGAAGAAAGGUGCUUAUCUUUUGGUGGUAGAAUCAGCUGGAUCCUUUUCUCAUUUAAAGGUUGGUAAUAAAACUUAUAUGGUAUAUACUUUAUUGGAUGCUAUUCCUGAUUUUGAAUGUGUAAUUUCUGAAGAUUCUCGGUGGUACAGGUGCAGUGAUCAAGUGAAAUACCCAUUACCCGUGGCCAAUAUGCGAUACUUUAUCCGUCUGUAUAGGAAAAAAUAGGCGCCGACUAGAAUAGAAAUUAUACCUUUUCACACAAUGACUAAAAAAAUAAAAAUCUUAAAUUUUUCUCAUUU